ACGUGAGAGACCAUUGAAUCAAAUGGAGUAUAAAUCAGCUUCGACACAUAUCUUGUUAAAUUGCCCAGAAGUUCAACCUUAUUAUGAUCUCUUUGUGGAGAUACAUGGCCAAGAAACUGUGUCCGACCAAUUUGGGACUUGGUUUAACAAUUAUAUGGCAGGUGAUAAAAAGGGUAAGGCUAUUGCGAAAGCCCCAAAAAAGUCAAAAAAGAAGGGUUUGUAUAUACCACCAGAAGGCAUAGAGCCAGGUCCCCUUCGGAUUGGAGCUAGAGAUCCUGCACCUUGCCUUCCACCACUUGGCCCUCCGAUGUCAGGUGUUGCAGAUGGGUUGUCAUGGAGUCAGCCGACUGGCCAUGUCGCAGUGCCACCAUAUUUUUUGCCUCAGGGCCAGACAGAGCCACAUGCACGACGAUCUCAGUCCCCCAUCACACCUUUGACGAUCCCACAUGGCCUCUCUGAGUUUUAUCAUGUGUCACAGCGAGCGACUAGGAGUGGUACUCCGACAGCUACUCCUAGCCCAACUGUGUCACAACCAUCGACAUCAUCUACUCUAUAUGUUGGGACGUCGGGGCGUGAAGAAAGUAGCUCUGAUUCUGACGAAGAACGUCCCAAAAAAGGAGACCCUCACGGUUUUGAAUUUUGA